AUGUUAGGAAAAGACAAAGGAGACAUGGAUGUUAAGGUUCCUGGUACAAUCCACUUAGUGGACCUCGAAGGUAACAUGAACGUUAGACACGAAGAAGGUGAUGAUAUUGUGUUGGUACCGCAGCCAACUGACGACCCUGAAGAUCCAUUGAAUUGGCUGAAAAAGAGAAAGUACCUAUUGGGUUUUUGUUUAAUGUUGGCGGUCUUUUCGGCAGAUAUUUUAAGCACUGCUUUAUCAGCCGCAUUAUUAAACAUAGUUGAGGAUACGGGUAUUCCUCUAGCUGAUAUAAACACAGGCGUUGGAAUUCAAUACUUGUUCUUUGGUUGGUCUUGUCUUUUAUGGCAACCUUUGGGUUUGAAUUAUGGCAGAAGACCUUUGAUAAUUGGAUGUGGGUUUGCUUUGAUUUUGUUCACUAUUUGGAGUGCUUACGUCAAGUCCUCAGCUGAAUGGUACAUCAAUAGAUUGUUGGUGGGUACUGCUUAUGGUCCUAUUGAGACUUUGAUUGAAAUAUCAAUUGCUGAUGUGUUUUUUGCUCACGAGAGGGGUGGCUGGGUAGCUUGGUAUUGUGCAAUAUUAUUUGGUAUUCCAUUCUUAUCAGGUAUUCCAGCUGGAUUCGUCGCCGCUAAUGAAAAUUUGGGAUGGCAAUGGAUCCAAUUUAUUGCUGUCAUUAUUUCCGCUGCUUGCAUGAUAUUUUUAUUCUUCUUCAUGGAGGAAACAAUGUAUUAUAGGGAUCCAGCUUUGGAAUUGGAUGGAACAGAUUCCAUUCCUGAAAUGCUUUUGAGUAAUCCAAAUACCCACAAUGAUCCUUCUGAUUCAGAAAAGAAGAAUAACGUUGAUGUCCAAAUCGAUAAAGUGAAUUCAUCUACAUUAUCUGCCGACACUUACCCAAAGAAAACCUUUUCUCAAAAAUUGAAAAUGUGGGGAUCACGAAGACCUGGUCAGCCUAAUACCUUAUGGCAGGACACUUGGAUUCCUUUCUACUUGAUCAGAUUUCCAUCAAUCAUUCUUGGUGGUUUUACUGUUGGAGCUGUAUUAUCAUGGUUUAACGUUGUAAAUGCUACUAUUGCUUCAGUCCUAGCAGCUCCUCCUUACAACUUCGGUUCGAAUAUGAUUGGGGUUUUUUUCGUUUCUCCUACCAUUGGUAUCUGUAUUGGGUCCUACUUUUCUGGAAAGGUAGUUGACGAUUUCACAUUGAAAAUGUCAAGAAAUGGAAAAGGUUUCAGGGAGCCUGAAUUCAGGUUAUGGUUGUCCGUCAUUCCUUUGAUUGUUCAUCCUGCUGGAUGUUUUUUAUAUGGAAUUGGAGCGGCUCAUGGUAUCCAUUGGGUAGGUUUAGCUUUUGGUCUUGGUAUGAUUUGUGCUACUUUCCCAAUUGGGAGUGCUAUUGCUAUCAAUUAUAUCAUUGACAGUUAUAAAGAAGUAUCAGGAAUGGGUCUUGUCACCAUGAUUUUGAUCAGAAACACUAUGGGUUUUGGUUUUAGUUAUGCUGUUACCCCUUGGUUGACAGCUGUGGGAGUCCAAAAUCUAUACAUUUCAAUUGGGUGUAUCGGUGCGUUCUUUUGGGCUUUACCCUUGGUCUGGAUAGCUUUUGGUAAAAGGAUGAGGAAAUUAACCGCCCCCACUUAUUGGAAAUUAGUUGAUUCUUAUGGUCUUAAAGCCCAUUAG